AUGUCCUGGACCCUUCAAAGCUGUUGCGAUACCCGAGAAAUUAUCUUCUUGUGCUGUUAUGGCGGGUAUGCUCUGUUUACGCUCUUGUUCGAAAAGACAUCGCUGCUGAAGCCGAUGCGGUUGCUGGGAACGUUCAUUCAUGAAAUGGGUCACGCAUCGGCUUGCUGGAUGACGGGAGGCAGUGUCAAGAAGAUUGAAGUCUACAACAAUGAAGGUGGUGUGACGGGAUACACGGGUGGUGUCCGAUUCAUUGUCAUUCCAGCUGGAUACGUGGGAUGUGCCUUUUGGGGUGGAUGCUUUGUCGCACUCAGUGGUCAUCGCAUCGGUGCUACUGUAGUAGCCAGUAUCAUUACAGCGGCGCUGCUCGUUUCUCUAUGCUACAAACCCAACACCGUGGUGGUGGUCAUUACUCUCUUUUUCUCGGCCAUCAAUCUCACAUUGCUCUUCAUUGAGUGGUAUGUGUUCCAUCCUAUUCUAGAAUUUGUGGCACUCUUUUACGGGGUCUUUAUUGGAUGGCAUGCGGUCCGCGAUAUCUACGACGAUUUGAUUGUUCGAACAGCCGAAGGGAGUGAUGCCGUUGCCUGUCAUCAACU